AUGGUUCCCGCCGUGGAGGACUGCGUCUCGCUGGUCGUCUACUCCUUCACCUUCCUGCUGGGCCUGCCCUCCAACCUGCUGGUGCUCUUCGUCUACCUGCGCAAGGCCCGCAAGCACGGCGCCACGCCCAGCGUGGUCUACGCCCUCAACCUGUGCGCCGCCAACCUGGCGCUGGUGGCCUGGAUGCCCGUCAAGACCAUGGAGACGGCCCUGCAGGCCUGGGCGCUGCCCCCCGCCGUCUGCCCCAUCUACAGCUUCUUCCUGUUCUCCUCGCUGUACGGCAGCUGCCUCUUCCUCACCGCCGUGACCGUGGGCCGCUACCUGAGCAUCGCCUUCCCCAUUACCUACAAGCUGUACCGGCGCGCCCGGCUGUCCUGUCUCGUCAGCGCCGCCCUGUGGGCGCUGGUGCUGCUGCACCUCGGCCUCGGGCUGGUGGUGGAGCAAGGGGGCUACUUUGUGUCUGUGGUGGGCAGCGACGACGACGACGGCGGUGGUGGUGACGGCGGUGGUAACCACCACGACAACGGCAGCGUGCCGCAAAUGAGCAUGGCGUGCUUCGAGAACUUCACCGACUCUCAGCUGGAGCUGCUGCUGCCGCUGCGCCUGGAGAUGGCGCUCUUGCUCUUCCUGCUGCCGCUGCUCAUCACGGCCUUCUGCACCAUGCGCUGCGUGGCCCUGGUGGGCCGCUCGUGCCUGCCCCCCGGUGGCAAGAGGAGGGUGCUGGCCAUCACCUUCUCCACGCUCGCCGUGUUCGUGGUGUGCUAUGCUCCCUACAACGCCUCGCAUGUGGUGGGCUUCGUGCUGGGCGAGAACGUGAGCUGGAGACGGGAGGCCAUGUUGACCAGCUCGUGUAACGUCUUCCUGGAGCCCAUGGUGAUGCUCAUGCUGUCCCCGUCGGGGGCCGGGCCCCGGGGCCUGUGCGCCUGCCUCAGGGACGAGGUCCGAGGACAUAGUGUGGGAGGAGGGACACAGAGGAGCGCCCGCGAGGUGCACGUCUACACCACCGAGCCGCCAUCACCACCGCCAGCAGCAGCAGCAGGGGAUGGGGUGGGCGAGACGCGGGCUACACAUUGUAAACACAGCAGCAGUGAGAGGAGGGUGGGGGAGACGAGCAGCUCCUGCUCCGCAACUCGAAAGCAAGGGAGCGGAGCGGAGAUGAGUAGUGACCAGAGCCAUGGAAUUCAGAGUUGUGAUAACCGGCCGGGGUACAGGAAGUCAGGGCCCAUGGAGUCAUAA